AUGGCUCUGGAAAAGGAGCAUUAUGUUGAUGUACUAGAAUAUUAUGAAAUAAUGGAGCUUCUUAAUGAUGCUAAGUAUUUGAAGACAAUGUUGAAUGAUGGAUAUGGUUUUCCUAAAUUGAUAAAGGAAUUUGUGAUUACUAAUGAUGUUACUUCUCAUUGGUUGUUAAAUUUUAGUUACAUUAUGUUUAGGCAGAAAGAUGUCUUAGACAUUGUUUCCAACAGCUGUGCACCUGUUGAUGAAACUGAUUUGGUUUUUGUUGGAGAAAUGUUGGAGAUUUUUGAUCUCAACAUGUUGUUUCUUCUACUACAAGUUUGCGGGGAAGAUGAUGAUAUGAUUAUUUUGAAAGGAUGUGGCUUUCAACUCGUGUUUGUAAGAAGUUGUGUGUUGUUAUUGUGUCUUCAUCUACUUUGGUUUGUUGUUUGUUGCUGGUCUUAUGUCCUUUGGCUCUUUUGA